AUGGCCUGCACUUGCAUCUCCUCUUCCCUUUUCACUCCUCUUCAACUCCGCCACCGUCCACCGUCGCCCUCACAUUUCCCCGCCGCCACUUUUCACUCUUUUCCGUUCAUUAAACUAAACCCUUCUCACCCUUUUCGCCUUUCAGCCCUUCCCCUCUUCUCACAACCCACCGGCGGCAACAACAACAGUAACUACAAUGGUGGUAGCGGCGGCGGUGGUUCCUGGGGUUACCCUUUUAACUCCGACGAUUCUUCCUCUUCAGGUUCUCGUUACACCCUUUUCCUUGCCUUGCUACUCUCUUCCGUUACUUUUUGUUUCUGCCAACACCUUCUCGCUAAAUUCGCAAUGGCCAAUAACAGUAAUUCUACAUCAUCUUCCAUUGAUAAUGAAAUUUUGACCCAAUCCAUUUGGGAAGUGAAAGGUGGAAACUUGAUCAAGCUUUUCCCUGAUCAUUUAAACGACAUUUUCAUUGCUUCAAAUCCCGGCUUGUUUUCUGAACUAUCAUCCCUUAAACCUCCACAAGUUCCAAGCUUUCUGUACAACAAAUGCAGGGAGUUCUUGGUGAGGUUGAUGCUCCCUGAAGGUUUUCCAAACAGUGUGACGAGUGAUUAUUUGGAGUAUUCAUUGUGGAGAGGAGUUCAAGGUGUUGCAUGUCAGGUUAGUGGAGUGUUGGCAACUCAAGCUCUGCUUUAUGCUGUUGGAUUAGGAAAAGGGGCUAUUCCAACUGCUGCUGCUAUCAAUUGGGUGCUUAAAGAUGGAAUUGGGUAUCUCAGUAAGAUUUUGUUGUCUGAUUUCGGUCGCCAUUUUGAUGUUAAUCCUAAAGGGUGGAGAUUGUUUGCCGAUCUUCUUGAAAAUACUGCUUUUGGCUUGGAGAUGUGUACUCCUGCUUUUCCUCAUUUGUUUGUACCUAUUGGUGCUUUUGCUGGUGCUUCUCGCUCUGCUGCUUCUUUGAUUCAGGCUUCUACAAGGAGCUGUUUCUUUGCUGGUUUUGCAGCUCAAAGGAAUUUUGCUGAGGUAAUUGCUAAAGGUGAAGUUCAAGGAAUGGCAAGCAGAUUUAUUGGUAUCGGGCUUGGUAUAGGUCUGGGUAACUGCAUAGGCUCUUCUACACCUCUUGUUCUUGCUUCUUUUUGCGUCGUGACAUGGAUCCACAUGUACUCCAAUCUAAAGUCUUACCAGUCCAUUCAGAUACGGACUUUAAAUCCUUAUCGUGCAAGUUUGGUUUUCAGUGAAUAUCUACUGAGUGGUCAGGCUCCUCCUGUUAAAGAGGUCAAUGCCGAGGAACCACUAUUUCCAGCUGUACCCAUAUUAAAUGCAUAUUUUGCAACCAAAGCACAACCAAUUGUCUUAUCAUCUGAAGCCAAGGAUGCAGCUGUAGAAAUUGAAAGCCGUCUGCAGCUUGGAUCAAAACUCAGUGAAAUUAUCAAGAAUAAGGAGGAAGUGCUUGCUCUCUUUUCACUUUAUAAAAAUGAAGGCUACCUUUUGUCUGAGCAUAUGGGAAAAUUCUGUGUGGUACUUAAAGAAAGUUGUUCACAGCAGGAUAUGCUGAAGGCAUUGUUUCAGGUCAACUAUCUUUAUUGGUUAGAGAAGAAUGCGGGAAUUGAAGGAAGAGGAUCUCUUUAUGACUGCAAACCUGGCGGGAGGCUGCAGUUAUCUCUAGAUUAUGCAGAAAGGGAAUUUGAUCAUGUUAGAAAUGAUGGAGAGUCAGUUGGUUGGAUCACAGACGGACUUAUUGCUAGGCCUCUGCCUAAUAGAAUUCGACCGGGCAACACGGAGUGA